UCUGUAUACGGAGAUGCGCAAAAGAUAUUCAGAGAGAAAGAAUAUUAGGCAUUCUCAUUUCCAAAAAUAUUAUUCUGGAAAUCCGAAUGAUUUGGAUAGUGCUCUCAAUGCUAUUCCUGACUUGUGCUCGAAGGAGAGCUGGAAAGAAAUCGUCGAUUUGUUUCUGAGCCCAAAGUUUAUAGCGCGAUCCACGCAGAACAAGAAAAAUAGAAAGGAAAUGAAGUAUUUGUCGACGCAAGGCUCUAAAUCAAUGGCAGCGAUCCGUAACGAAUAUGAUGAACCUGAUGAGCAUGCUAUUGAUGCUUGGAAAGAUACUCAUAUAAAAAAAUCUACGAAGACUUGGGUUAGCGAAACUUGCAAAGAACUACAUGUAAGUUAAA